AGUCAUGUGGGGUGGGCCCACGUGACCGGAGGCCCGAGUCCAACAUGGCGGCCUCCAUGGGUCGCUGCCUUCUCUUCUUCAUUUCACUGCGCGGCUUCCUCGGUGAGGCGUCCGGCGACCUCGGCUCGGGCAGGGCCUCCCGCGACGAUGACUUGCUGCUGCCUUACUCCCGCACGCGGGCGCGCUCUGCCCGGGACUGCACAAGGGUGCGCGCCGGCAGCCGCGAGCACGAGAGGUGGCCGCCGUCCCCCUCAAACCCCGGUGCCCGCGGCCCCAACGUACGCAUCUUCGUCUCGCACUUCGCAGACCGCGCAGUGGCCGGCCACCUGACGCGGGCCGCCGAGCCCCUGCGCACCUUCUCGGUGCUGGAGCCCGGCGGGCCCGGCGGCUGCGCUUCAAGGCGCCGCGCCACCGUGGAGGAGACGGCGCGGGCGGCCGGCUGCAGCGUCGCCCAGAAUGGCGGCUUCUUCCGCAUGGAUACGGGCGAGUGCCUGGGGAACGUUGUGAGCGACGGGCGGCGGGUGAGCAGCGCCGGGGGGCUGCAGAACGCGCAGUUCGGGAUCCGCCGCGACGGGACCCUGGUCACCGGGUACCUGUCUGAAGAGGAGGUGCUGGACACUGAGAAUCCGUUUGUGCAGCUGCUGAGUGGGGUCGUGUGGCUGAUUCGCAACGGAAGCAUCUACAUAAACGAGAGUCAGGCGGCUGAGUGCGAUGAGACACAGGAGACAGGUUCCUUCAGCAAAUUUGUGAACGUGAUGUCAGCCAGGACAGCCGUGGGCCACGACCGGGAGGGGCAGCUGGUGCUCUUUCACGUGGACGGGCAGACGGAGCAGCGGGGCAUUAACCUGUGGGAGAUGGCGGAGUUCCUGCUGAAACAGAACGUGGUAAAUGCCAUCAACCUGGACGGAGGGGGCUCUGCCACCUUCGUGCUCAACGGGACCUUGGCCAGUUACCCAUCCGAUCACUGCCAGGACAACAUGUGGCGCUGUCCUCGCCACGUGUCCACCGUGGUGUGUGUGCACGAGCCCCGCUGCCAGCCGUCUGACUGCAACGGCCACGGGACUUGCGUGGAGGGGCGCUGCCAGUGUACGGGGCGCUUCUGGCGGGGCGCCGCCUGCAGCGAGCUGGACUGUGGCCCCGCCAACUGCAGCCAGCAUGGGCUCUGCACGGAGACCGGCUGCCGCUGCGAAGCUGGAUGGACAGGGUCCAACUGCAGUGAAGCGUGCACCAGCGGCUUCUUUGGGGAGGACUGUGCCAAGAAGUGUCAGUGUCAUAAUGGAGCCACCUGUGACCCAGUUCGGGGGACCUGCGCCUGUCCCCCUGGCUUCACUGGAGACAUCUGUAUGCAGGAGUGUCCCCUCGGCUGGUACGGGCCAGACUGCCAGAGCCCUUGCAAGUGUGAGCACCAGUGUCCCUGCGACCCCCAGACCGGCAACUGCAGCCUCGCCUGGUCACGCACCUUGAAUAGCAUCCUCUCCCGAGUGAAGCAGUGUCUCCCGCUACCCGAGGACACCCUGCGGGCAGGAGAACUCUCCCUUUUCACCAGGACCACCUGGCUGGCCAUCACCUUGGCCCUGGUUUUCCUUCUGGUGAUCAGCAUGGUGGCAAACGUGUCCUUGUUCCUCGGGUCAAGGGCAGCGAGGAGCCGGCACCUGGAUGGGGCCUACGUCUACCACCCACUGCAGGAGAUGAACGGGGAGCUCCUGGCUGCUGAGAAGGAGCAACCGGGUGACACCUGUAACCCCUUCAAGGACUGAAGCCUCCAGCUGCCCGUCAUGACCUGUUCUGGAGGCUCGUUGCCAUGAGCUCUGGCUUCUGCAGGGGAAAUUCCAAGGCCAUUGACCAUCUGGGUGGUCUCGACCCACGUGCCAAGCCAGGCUUCUGACAGCACCUGUGCCUCAGCCCCUCACCUGGCCGCCUGCCGUGGCACAUGCAACCCUAGCGAUACAGCGCACCCUGAAGAGACGCUGCCUCCUUCCCCGCCUGCCUGUGCCUGCCGCUCACGAAGCCUGUCCCCCAAGGGCCUGCCCCGCUGCUGCCAAAGAGCCUCCAGCCUCCUGGGGCAGGGGCGCUGCCAGUGGAACUCAUGAUGACCGAACUGUGGCCAAGUGGCAGGGUCCAGCCAGCCCCCCUCGGAUGGGGUGAAGAGACUAUGGCCACAUCGAGGGACCCUUUUUUACAGACCUCAUCACCGAACUUGCCAACUAGAAUUCUAUUUCCCGUCAUGGGAAGCUCCUUAAAGGGAAGAGGGGUGAAAUCAUGUUUACAGGCUCUCUAUUUUGUCCUGCUGCCAGAAGGGUUUUUCUACCACUUGAAUAAAUUGAUAUAAUAAAAGGACCCCUGGAGCGGCAUCUGAAUGCGGAAUCGUGGAAUUGAGGGACCCCUAGAUUUUGACAGGUGGGGCUGCUUAACCUGAGUCAGGGGCAUGUCCAGCUCCCUUAUCUAUUUUGUUUAAUCCAGGGGUUCUCACUUAAAAGUGUACUCGAAUUACCUGGAAGAGCUUGCUAAAGAUGCAGAUUCUGGCCUGGGCUGGAGCCUCGGAGUCUGCAGGUCUCACUGAGCUCCCAGGUGAUAGCUGCAGGUGUCUGGACCACACUUUGAAAGAGGAAAGUUUAGUCCGCACCAUGUUUUAGUAGAAUUUAAAUUAGUUACCAACGCUUAAAAGUCAAGAGGUUAACUCCAGUUUUCUGGUUUCUGUCUUUUUUUAUAUGUAUAUAAAUUUAUUUAUUUUUGGCA